ACCGACAUCCUUUAAUUUGAGCUCAGCCGCCGUGGGGUCCACACUCACCAAAGGGAGGAUCUUCUCGUUUCCAGAGCCUAGUUUAGGGAGAAGGAGAUCCGCUCGGAUUGUUUUUUUUAAACCUCUCUGGCAAGACAUUACCCCAUCCCUGCGCUGGAUCUUUAAAUCUCUCUUAAAAACUCCUCGAGGUUUUUCUUUUUUCGAUUUUUUUCCUCCCCCCCCGUUCAGAAGCACCUACAGAAAGAGAAUGGGAGCUCCGCUGUCCAAGGGUGGAGUAGCUGUGGAGGGGAAAGCCGCCGCAGCCGCCGCCGACCCUGCGGCUGCCAAAGCCAACGGCCAGGAGAACGGUCACGUCAAAACCAACGGCGAGGUGUCAGCCAAGCCCGACGGGGAAGUGGCUGCCGCCGAUGGAAAUGGAACAGCGGAACCGGCCACGGAGGGCGAGAACGGCACCGGGGACGCCAUCGAGCCGGCCCCCGCGGCCGAGGGGGAUGCCGCCAAGCCAGAGGGCGAGGCUGCCAAGGAGGGCAAGAAGAAGAAGAAGUUCUCCCUGAAGAACUCCUUCAAGUUCAAGGGCAUCUCGCUGAAGAAGAGCAAGAAGGGCAGCGACGAGGCCAAAGAGGAGGCCGCCUCCCCGACGGCCGAGGACAAGCCCGAGGAGAACGGCCACGCGGCCAAGGAAACCAAAGAGGAGACGCCGGCCGCCGAGGCCAAAGAGGAAGAGGGCGCCGCUGCCGCCCCGGCUGCCGAAGCUGCACCUGAGGGAGAGACCAAGGCGGCGGAGGAGGCCCCACCCACAGAGGCUGCCCCGGCCGAGGAGGCCGCUGCCGCCACCCCUGCUGAGGACACGACACCCGCAGCCUCCGAGGUCGAGGCCAAGGCAGAGUGACUUCACCCCCUCCGCCACGGCACCUGAACUGAUUUUCCAAGAUUAAAGUAUAUAAAUAUAUAUAUGAGAGACGCGUGCCACGUUCUUAAAGUUAUAAACAAAACUAGAAAAAGAAGACAACGGAUAUAUCACGUCUGCUGAUUCCACCACCAGUUCACUGCCUUUUAUUAGUUCUUCGACAGACGGAAUCUCACCGGGCCCUCUCAUGAUCAAAGUGUCGGCGUGUGUCGCCCCCUCAUGGUACACACGGGGACUGGCGUGUGGCGAAGGUAACGGAUUGGAUGUGGAAGCGAAUCAGGAAUACUGACUUAUUUUCCCAAUUCAUGGAGAAGCAUCCUUUUUUAACAGCGUGGCAGCCCUAUAACAUUUAAAUUUUUUCUUUCUCAUCUUUUUUUGGGAUCUAAAAAUCGUCACCGUUGCAGAGCGGGGCAGAGCAUCUCCUUCACUCUGAAAUGACUGUUAAAUGGACACAUUACCUUUUCAAAAGAUCUUAUUCGUUUUUAGAAUUCUACAUUCCUAUGUUUUAUUCCCAAAUUUGAAGUAUUUUGUCAUGUAUAGAAAAAGUGAAAAAACCGAAGAGGGGAAGUUGGAAAAAGAGCAACGUCUUUGUUCGUGCAUUUCGAUUCUUUUUUCUUUUUUUUUUUCUUCUUCUGGCUAAAACCACAUUCAAGCUUCUCGAGUAUUGCAGUGUUCACAUUUCAGAGUUUAUGAUGCAGGGGUUGGGGUUGUGUACAAAAUGUGAGCUUUUUAUCUGCAAACCGUCUCUGUAAAUAUGUUUUGGCCAAUAUUUUUUGGUUCUCUUUAUUUUGCUAUCGUUUGAAGAUGUUAAUGGUUUUAUUGUAACUUUUAAUAAGGGUAAAUAAAUGUUCGAUCCCC